AACGGCACCACUUUCCCAAACAAAAAGAGGAGAACACAAACUGACUCUAGCAUUCUAGUCCAUCAAUUGAAUACCGGUGUAUAUACCACACAAUGGCCACGCCCCGACUCCUCCUCCGCCGCUGCACCCCCGCAGUGCGCUUCACUCUCCCCCGCACCGCUCCCACCAACGCCUUGUUGACACCAGCAACCACCACAAUCCGACUGUCCUCGUCCUCGUCCUCUUCCUCUGCCCCCACGACUCCCAGCGCACAAUCCCUCAUCUCUCUUGCCCAGAAUCGCCGCACGAUCUACCAACUGGGCCGCAACCACUCUGUCUCCGACGCCCAGAUCGAGGAGCUCGUGCAGCAAGCCAUCCUGCACGUCCCGAGCGCCUUCAAUACGCAAUCCACCCGCCUGGUCGUCGUCCUGCACAAGGAGCACGAGCGACUGUGGGAUCUCGUGAUUGGCGUGUUCCAGAACCUGGUCAAAACGGGCGCGGUGCCCGAGCAGGUGUGGAAGAACCAAACCUUGCCCAAGUUGGAGGGGUUCAAGGCUGCGGUUGGGACGGUCCUCUUCUACGAAGAUCCGGCGCACAUCAAGCCGUUUUCCGAGAAGUUUGCGCUCUACAAAGAUCAAUUUGCACCAUGGGCGCAACAUUCGAAUGCUAUGCAUCAGUAUUUCUUGUGGACUGGCCUCGAGGCUCUGGGAUUCGGCGCCAACCUGCAGCACUAUAAUCCCCUGAUUGAUGCGCCGGUGGCGGAGGCGUGGAAUGUGCCUAAGGAGUGGAAGCUGGGUGCGCAGUUGGUGUUUGGCAGUCCGGAGGGAGCUCCGGGGCCGAAGGAGCAGAAGCCUGUCGAGGAGAGGGUUAAGAUCUAUGGGAAACUGUAGACAAUCGGGGAUACCAUGAUGGUAUCCACCGGGGAGGAGGGAAUACUGUACGGUAGGAUUGCUUCUCGUAGUAGACUAGAUAGAUGUAGAUUACAGGAUAGAUCUAACGGUGUGCAUCUUCGAAUCCAUAAAGCUUAUAUCAAG